UGCAGGGCUGGGGCUGUGCUGCUGCUCUCUGAGGAUGAGGCUGUUCUGGCUGCUGCUGUGUAGGGUUGUGCUGGGGGUGGUAGAGACCACCGUGACUCCAGCUGCUCCAGCAUCCUCCAGUCACACAACAGUUGCUCUGAGGAUGUCCCUGGAUGUGGGGUUACACACUGUGGCCCCGGCGCCUGCUGCUGCCACCCCAUCUCAGCCCUGCUCCGAGGAGCCCACUGUGAACUUCACCUUAAGGCUGCUGGAUGGGGACCCCGGUGCCACGAAGAGGCCAUUGGUGCUCAGCCAUGGUGCUGUGCUGCACCUGGAGGUCAGGGUGGAUGCCAGCCCCAAUGUGUCCCCCAGGAUCUCAGUGGAGCAGUGCUACGGGAUGGGAUCAGGGCAGCAGGCUCACCCCAGGAAGAUCUACAUGGUGGUGAACAGCCAAGGGUGUCUGCAUGGCUCAGGGCUGGGCAGUGUGUCCAUCCAGCAGCAGAGAGGGAUGUCUGUCCUCCACAUCUCCAUCCUGGCCCCUGUGCUGGAGGCUGAGCCUGAGGAGGAGGUUUAUGUGCACUGCCUGCUGUCAGCGUGGGGUGCCAGGAGGCACAGCCCCAUGUCCUGCUUCUACAAUGACACCAUGGCCAGGUGGCAGAACGCAGAGGACCCCUCCUGGAGCUCCCUAUGUGACUGCUGUGACACUCGGUGUCCCCCCCGUGACACUGGGCUUGUGGAGCAGCCAGAGUUCCCAGGAGAAGGGAUGCUCCACUGGGAGACAGCGGGCCCACUGCUGGUGCGGGAGCUGGAGCCGUGGUUUGAAGCUCCGUGCCGUACGGUGAAGAAGCUGCUGCUGGCUGGGCUGGCCCUGGUGGGCAGUGCUGUGGUGGUGGCCAUCAUGGUGGGCAGUGUGCUGGGGUUGGGCCUGGCUGCGUGGAGACUGCAGGGGACACGGCGUGUCCGGCGACCCCCGAGGAGGCAGUGCCCCUUCCAGGCUGAGCUGCAGGCUGUGGUGGGGGCUCUGGUCCCCAAGGAGGUGGAGAGAAGUGGGGAGAGUGGGACAGAAUACCACAGCCUGGAGCUGGGAGCAAUGUGAGAUGUGCUCUGCAAUAAAAGGUCACUUUUCUUUAAAUAUGUGAGUUCUGGGGUUUUCCCCCCUCACCCCCAAUUCCUCUUGGGGGUGGUAUGGAGCACUGGGGCAGGACACGCUGCACAGCCUGGUGUCCCCACUGGGGAGCUGUUGAUGUGUCCCCUCCUGGCACCCCCAAACACCACCCACAGCAGGUAACGUU